GUCCAAACCAAGCUCAUCAGCAGCUCGGCCGAAGCUUCCUACAUCCUGGGGGACUUGAACUCAAUGAUCAUUAAGUCCAUUGAAGGUACUUAUAAGUUACUUCACUUGCGUUUAGCUUUGUAGCUGUGUCUCCAAGGUGAAGGGUUUAUCCCUCAUGAUUUAUGUUGAUAACUGAAUGGCAGUCAUAAGAAUGACAGUGCUGGCAUUAACUGCAGUGUUGGCAUUUACAGCACUGAUGGCAUUGACAGCAUUGUUGGCAUUUACAGCAGUGUUGGCAUUUACAGCGGUGUUGGCAGUGUUGGCAUUGACAGCGGUUUUGGCAGUGUUGGCAUUGACAGCGGUGUUGGCAUUUACAGCAGUGAUGGCAUUGACAGCAGUGUUGGCAGUGUUGGCAUUUACAGCGGUGUUGGCAUUUACAGCAGUGUUGGCAUUGACAGCAGUGUAUGCAGUGUUGGCAUUGACAGCGGUGUUGGCAUUUACAGCAGUGUUGGCAUUGAAAGCGGUUUUGGAAGUGUUGGCAUUGACAGCGGUGUUGGCAUUUACAGCAGUGUUGGCAUUGACAACAGUGUUGGCAUUGACAGCGGUGUUGGCAUUUACAGCAGUGUUGGCAUUUACAGCGGUGUUGGCAUUUACAGCGGUGUUGGCAUUUACAGCGGUGUUGGCAUUUACAGCGGUGUUGGCAUUUACAGCGGUGUUGGCAUUUACAGCGGUGUUGGCAUUUACAGCGGUGUUGGCAUUUACAGCAGUGUUGGCAUUUACAGGGGUGUUGGCAGUUACAGUGAUGUUGGCAGUUACAGUGAUGUUGGCAGUUACAGUGAUGUUGGCAGUUACAGUAGUGUUGGCAUUUACAGCAGUGUUGGCAUUUACAGCGGUGUCGGCAGUUACAGCGAUGUUGGCAGUUACAGCAGUGUUGGGAGUUACAGCGAUGUUGGCAGUGUUGAGAUUUAAAUUGUUCAAUAAAAUCAACGUAACCGAACAUUGUUUCAGAUACCCCACUAUUCCAAACAAUUUGAGGUACAGCACUAUUCAACUUUGUUUCUAUUACCCCAAAACUCAACUUUGUUCAUUUACCCCACAAUAUCAGAUACCCUAAGAUUCAAAAUAAUCUCCGGAACACCACUAUUGAAAUUUCAAAACAAUAUCAGAUGCCCAACUGUUAAACAUCUAUUAACAAAAAUUCCUUUUAAUGUUACAAAGAACUGAAUAAGCCCUUGCACCUCAUGAAACCUGACUAUUAAAUGCAUUGAUUUCCCUAGCCAACUUGGACAACUAUGCCUACAUGAUGCCUGUGCUGAGAGCUCUGAUUGAGAAAGGUCAAGAACUCUUGACCACCAGCAUUCAUCUCCCUCAUCUACCCAAGUCAUCCAUGAGUCCCACAUUUUUUGAUGACUUCAAGACAUACGUGUACAGUGAUGAAUGGCAGAUGUUCAUAA